ACCAAUACUAGUUGUCAGAUUCUGUGCAUAUAAUACUUGUUUCAAAAUCACUUCACGUGUAUUUUCACAUAGGGCAAGAUCAGCAUAAAAUUCCCCCUAUUCUCUGAAAAAAGAACUUUCCUCUUUAAUGGGAAGCAGGAACAGAAGUGAUGUAAAUUACAGGAAUCCAUGUCUGACAAUGCAUCAGCCAUGGGCAUCUUUGCUUGUUUAUGGUAUCAAACGCAUUGAAGGAAGAUCUUGGCCUUCACCUAUUAGAGGUCGACUUUGGAUUCAUGCUGCUAGUAAGAUCCCAGAACCAGAAACUAUCAAAGCAAUGGAGGACUUCUACAGGGAAAUCUAUGCAGUGGAUGGCAUAACAGAUCUCAAGUUUCCCGAGCAUUAUCCAGUCUCAAGACUUUUAGGUUGUGUUGAAGUGACUGGAUGUGUCACAUGUGAGGAGCUCGUCAACUGGGAUCAAAUCCCAGAAGGGGUGAGGCUAGAGGGUCAAACAAAAUUUUGCUGGCUUUGUGAGCAGCCACAGAAACUUAUUGUACCAUUUGAAAUGCGAGGGUUCCAAGGUGUUUAUAACUUGGAAAGGAAGAUAUAUGAAGCUGCAAGCCGAGGUAUUUCUCCAGUUGUGCCCCCACUUCCAGUAAAAUUUCCCCUUCCAAAUCCACGGGAUCCUUUUUCAUUGAAGCCAAGAUCCCUUGCUUCCUCCCCAAGUAGCUCCAGUACAUCGGAGGUGAACAACCGAUCUGAAAAUCUUGUUGCUGCAAUAGCUGGUGCUCGAGCGGCUGCCACACAGUUUUCUAAGAACGGUAAUUCUCAGUCGAAUACAGUUGAGGAAGGAGAUGAUUCAAGGACAAGAAAUAUGUAUAGGAGGGCUCAUAAUUGAUCAACAACUGUGUACUUUUUGGAGGUCUAGUUAUUCAGUUGGGGCUGCGUUGCUGUUAUGGUUUUUAGUUUUUUUCGAAAUGAUGAUGUGUAAACUGCUGGUCAAAAUGCUCAUGUCAUGUGUACAUAUUGUUUUCUGCUAGUUAUCUCCUUUGAUGAAUCUCUUA